AAAAUCGAUCUUUGGUUAGCCGCUAUGGUAAAAGAUAGAGCUCAGGUGCAUCAUAGUUUAUGAAAGGAAACUAACAUACACUCUCUGCAAAGGGUCAUUUGUAAAGAUGCGACAGGAGAAUAGUGUACUUGUCAAACGGACAAGUAAUAUAACUCUCGUUGCCUUGGUGAUCUUGUCUUGGAGUCCAGGGGCACAGCUUAAGGGCCCAAGCACCACUCACGCCCAGGACACAGUGUCUGUUUCGCUGCCGGGAGACAUUAUACUUGGCGGUCUGUUCCCUGUUCAUGAGAAGGGUGAUGGUGCUCCAUGUGGACCAAAAGUGUACAACAGGGGAGUGCAACGCCUGGAGGCUAUGCUGUAUGCAAUAGAUCGUGUAAAUAAUGAUACCAACAUACUUCCGGGUAUAACUCUCGGGGUUCACAUACUGGAUACCUGCUCCAGAGACACCUAUGCUCUGAACCAAUCGCUGCAAUUUGUGCGUGCCUCGCUUAACAACUUGGAUACCUCUGUUUUUGAAUGUUCAGACACAUCUAGCCCGCAUCUGAGAAAAAAUGCCUCGUCGGGUCCCGUUUUUGGGGUAAUUGGCGGCUCCUACAGCUCAGUGUCAUUGCAAGUAGCCAAUCUGCUGCGCCUUUUUCAUAUUCCCCAAAUCUCGCCUGCAUCGACCGCUAAAACGCUGUCAGACAAAUCACGCUUCGAUCUGUUUGCCCGAACUGUGCCGCCAGAUACCUUUCAAUCCGUCGCACUCGUUGAUAUAAUCAAGAACUUUAAUUGGUCCUAUGUAUCUACAAUUCAUUCAGAAGGCUCUUACGGGGAAUACGGUAUAGAAGCGUUUCAUAAGGAAGCAACUGAGCGGCACGUGUGCAUAGCUGCUGCUGAAAAGGUGCCCAGUGCUGCAGAUGACAAGGUCUUCGACUCCAUUAUCAGUAAGCUGCAGAAAAAGCCGAACGCUCGCGGUGUUGUGCUUUUUACACGGGCUGAAGAUGCGCGCGGCAUUUUGCAAGCAGCGAAGCGGGCCAAAUUGACGCAGCAGUUUCAUUGGAUUGCUAGUGACGGUUGGGGAAAGCAGCAGAAGCUUUUGGAGGGCUUGGAGGAAAUAGCAGAGGGUGCUAUUACCGUAGAGCUGCAGUCGGAGAUCAUCGAGGACUUCGAUCGCUAUAUGAUGCAGCUUACACCAAGGACGAAUCAGCGCAAUCCCUGGUUUGCUGAGUACUGGGAGGACACAUUCAAUUGCUUGUUGACACAAGCGACAGGUCUAAAUGCACCCGGUAUAAAUGCAAGCGCUAUGCAGACCCAGCCCGAAGCAAAGACGAAGCAAUUUUGUGACGGAAGCUUACGGCUGUCCGAGAAAGUUGGAUACGAGCAGGAGUCAAAGACGCAGUUCGUUGUAGAUGCAGUGUAUGCAUUCGCGUAUGCACUGCAUAAUCUACAUAACGACCGUUGUAAUACACAAAACGAUCAAAAUGCCGAGCAGCAAAAGCAUCAACACAGUGAAACUGUAUGGUAUAGGAAGCCGAUUGACAGUAAGUCCCAGGCAUGUCCCGAAAUGGCCAGCUAUGACGGAAAGGAUUUCUAUAACAAUUACCUGCUGAACGUGUCAUUUAUAGAUCUGGCAGGCAGCGAAGUGAAGUUUGAUCGCCAAGGUGACGGACUGGCCAGAUACGACAUUUUAAAUUAUCAACGUCUUGAGAACUCUUCAGGAUAUCACUAUAAGGUUAUCGGCAAAUGGUUUAAUAGUCUGCAACUGAAUUCGCAAACUGUUGUAUGGAAUAAGGCGGCUGAUCAACCAACCUCAGCCUGUUCCUUGCCAUGUGAGGUUGGAAUGAUAAAAAAACAACAGGGAGAUACUUGUUGCUGGAUAUGCGACAGCUGUGAGUCAUAUGAGUACGUGUACGAUGACUUUACAUGCAAAGACUGCGGCCCAGGACUCUGGCCAUACCCCGAUAAACUUUCGUGCUUUCCUUUGGACAUUCAGUACAUGCGAUGGAACUCCCUGUUCGCCCUCAUUCCCAUGGCCAUUGCCAUAUUCGGAAUUGCAGUUACCAUCAUUGUGAUAGUUUUGUUUGCCAAAAACCACGAUACGCCCCUGGUCAGGGCGUCAGGUCGGGAGCUUAGUUACACACUUCUCUUCGGUAUUUUGGUGUGUUACUGCAACACCUUUGCUCUGGUCGCUAAGCCAACAAUUGGCUCCUGCGUUCUUCAGCGAUUUGGUAUCGGCGUUGGGUUUUCUAUUAUUUAUAGCGCACUGCUAACAAAAACCAAUCGUAUUUCACGCAUUUUCCACUCUGCUUCUAAGUCAGCCCAGCGCCUCAAUUACAUCAGUCCACAGUCACAGGUAGUCAUAACGGCAUCGUUAAUAGCAAUACAGAUACUGAUCACAAUGAUAUGGAUGGUAGUGGAGCCGCCUGGAACACGCUUCUACUACCCAGACAGGACGGAGGUAAUACUGAAAUGCAAAAUACAGGAUAUGUCCUUUCUAUUUUCCCAGCUGUACAAUAUGAUUCUGAUAACAAUCUGCACCGUGUAUGCAAUUAAAACCCGAAAAAUACCCGAAAAUUUCAACGAAUCAAAGUUUAUUGGAUUCACCAUGUAUACCACUUGCAUUAUUUGGCUGGCCUUUGUUCCAAUUUACUUCGGUACUGGAAACUCUUACGAGAUACAAAUCACCACCUUGUGCAUUUCUAUAAGUCUUAGUGCUUCAGUGGCACUAGUAUGUCUGUACUCACCAAAGGUAUACAUCCUCGUCUUCCAUCCGGACAAAAACGUGCGCAAGCUGACAAUGAAUAGCACCGUAUAUAGACGAUCGGCCGCACCUGGGCACCCCAGCUGCUGUACCACUCCUGGAAUACCAGCGCCAUCGGCGUCGACAAGUGACCGGCCAUCGCAAAAAAGCCCAAGGCAGGAUCUGAACUUGGAUGAAAGCCAAGGGGACACUGUUCACAGAGGCAGUGGAAACACCAUCCCAAAUUACGAUCCAGUUCCAGAACGCAGGGAAUGCGACUACUCUGAGCCAUCCUGUAUCCAUGUUAAGGACUAAAACUCCAGUUGUGGAUUCGUGGAUUUAUUGGUCGAUUUAUAAAUUAAAAUAUCCGUACUGAUAGCCGAACUAAACAAUUAAAAUAUACAGCUUUCGCUGGAAGAAUUUUAAAUUUGGAAUAGCUUCUUCAUCUAUAAAUCAGAAAACUCAUGCAUAUUUUUUCAGAAAUAUCAUACCAAACACUGAAGGGGCCUCCGUGACCCAUGCAGCUAGUCAAACUAGUCAAAAUACCAAUGAAAUGUAAGAUUCUUGUUACCGCGGAACUUGUUUUAAUUAAGUUUUUAUGAACCUAUUACCUAUUAUUAUUAAUAUUGAUUAUAUUUUAU